AGUUAUUGCAUUCCGUAUCGGCAGUACCACACGAUCCGAUGCGCAUGCGCCCCAUCGCCGCACACCACGGCCGGCGCCACCGCGUCGAGCUCUGCAAAUACACUUGCCGCCGCAAAAGCUCGACGGCCUCCGAGUUCAAGUUCGAAUUCGAACUGCCGCCUCACGAAUCGCAACUAACCCCAACGGCUCCACCACUCCACCAGCCGCCGCACCUACAAGAACCGGCAAAAGGCUCGUAGCCAAGUUCCUGCAACUCUGCAAGUGCACCGAGAAUCCGUUGCCACCGGCGCAUCGGCGGCGACCCACCAUGUCCCGCAAGAAGCCACCGGCCCCGGCGCCGGCCGUGGCCUCCACCGGCUGCUCCGGCCUCAUGUCCUGCCUCUCCAUCCACCGCCGCGGCCCGCCGCAGCCGGCGCCGAGGGGGGGAGCGGACGCGCUGCCGCGCAGCAGCGACGCGGACGGCGGCAAAGCCGCCGAUGCCGCGGAGAGGUACUGGAAGAGGAUGCGGCUCCUGGAGGAGGAGAUCAGGAGGCUGAGCGAGUGGCUGGGGCAGGAGGAGAGGCCCGCGCCGCCGGGCGCCGAGGCCAGGGAGGAGGGCACCGGCUCGGUCGUCACCGAGUGGUCCAGGAACGGGGCCAAGGCAAGGGAGGUGGGCUGCAGCGCGUCCAAGAUGUGUGCCAGCGUCGGCCACGGCGCCAGCGGCGUGCAGGAUACGGUGAGACUGGAGGACGGGAGCUACCUGCGCGAGGUGAGGCGGGUGCGGGUCGGGCGGCCAUGGGAGAGGCUGGCCGUGCAGGUGUCGCGGCCCGUCGUCCCCGUGGACGCGGCGAGCGCGUCAGAGGUUCUUGACAAGAUGGCAGCGAUGAGGGCCGAGGACCUGUGCAAGUUCCUCAUCCAAAUGAUGCCGCUGAAGGACAUCACCGGCCAGCAGAACCCCGGCGAGCCCGUGCGCCGGACGGCGAGGCUGAGCUCGGGGGACGACCUCCUGGAAGCGCUCGUCUUCAAAGCAAUGGGCAAGCUGGAAUCUUUGGUCCUGGAAGGCCUGAAGAUCCAGAUGUCCCCACCGGCUACCGAACCCGCCGCGGUUGCCGCCGACCGGAGGCGGGACGAGGCGGUGAGCAAGGACUGCAUGGUCCACGUGGUCCUGGUGCAGGUGAGGGAUCCGAACGAAAGGUACGCCGCCAUUGGCGACCCCAUGGUCGGGCUCAUCGAGGCGUCCCUGCAGAGGAGGGACGGCGCGGUGAAGCAGGAGGUGCGGGGCCUGCACGCUGCCGGGAUCAGCCUCAUUAGCAGGAAGCCAAGCGAUGGCAGAUGCAUGAUGUGGAGUGCUUCUCUGAAACAAUGCAGGGGAUCACACGACGGCGCCGGCGCCGGCGGACUUGAUGGCGAUGGCUGCCGAUGCUCUUGUGUUCGGAAUCCGAACCGUGUGUUCCAACGGUAGAGAUCAGGCUGUCAGGGUGUUGUUACCCUCAAUAACAGUGCAAAAUAACACUCCA